AGACGAAGUAAAUACAUUCAAAGUACAAAUCGUAUACAGAGGUAUUUUUGAAGGAGACUACGAGUGUGUGCACAUUUAUGAACGACUCUACUUACAACCGUAGGCAUCUUGUAAACCUAUGUAUCAAAAUCUAAAACACAAUGACUACGGGGAGAGGAGCUCUUAGCAUCUUCCUAAAUGAUGUUCCGGAACUAUUCAAGUCUGUCGGUGUAUCCAAGUUUGAAGAUGUGGACAAUGCAAAUGUUCUGGCGAAGCCCAUUAUCAACAAACUUCAGAUGUUGAUGGUGGGGGUAGGAAACGCGACGGAUGCUGAAGAGGUGAUAUCCUCCUUGCAACGACUUAAUGCCCCCCCGACGACUUGCGGGCGAGUGUUUAAAAACGGUGACCCCACUUUCCUGUGCAAAGACUGUGCGAACGAUCCCACGUGCGUGUUGUGUCAGACCUGCUUCCAGGAUAGCAAUCACCGCACCCACAACUACAUCAUGUCUACCUCCGGAGGCGGAGGUUGCUGUGACUGUGGUGAUCCCGAGGCGUGGGUAGACAGCACAGCCCACUGCGUCAAGCACAGCCCUCAGGAACUGACAGGCGCCGACGGCAAGCCACUGAACCCCGUAGACUUGUUACCCAAGGGUCUAAUUUUGUCCUCUGGACCGCUGCUGAAGUGCGUUGUGCUAUACAUCACUUGGGUACUGGGGGGUGGUCUGGAGUGGAGCUCUGGGGACACCUACGACGCACCUCUCAGUACUGGACAAUUAAACAGGAACGAGACCGCCCCGGCCUUUGCGCAACAGGCGGACAAGUGGAUUGAAGACGAGGACCUGUCACCCAAAUGGCACGCGGUGCUGCUGAACGACGAGACUCACUCGUUUCACUCAGUCACUUCUCAGCUCAUGAAGGCCAUUAACGCACCUAAACAACGCCGCGAGGAGAUCGCCAUGAUAGUCGAUUCCCACGGCUGGGCGUCCUUCAUGGUAAGCAGCAAAAGCCGGUGUCAAGCGGUGUGUGACACGCUCAAAGAGAUUCGCCUGAAAACACGUGUCAUAAAUGCCAAGGUUAUGAGUCAUAUGUUCUGUGCUAUGGCUAUGACCAAAUGGCUGCGCAAUCUGUGCGCGGCCUCAGACGGUCUCCGAGUGCUGGUUUCAGAUGCGCUGGUGGCGCCUGUGGAUAUGGGAUACAGGAGAGGCAUGCUACUGAGUAUAGACAAUGAGAAAACACGCAUGUCGUCCGAGGGUGUGGGCGUGCGUCUCACACCGCGCUUGUUCGGCGGAGAAGUCUAUGAGUGGGUGCACUUAGACGUUGGCACAGUUUCUGACCAGUUAACAGAUACAGAUACAUCAGACGAGGACGAGGAUGAGGAUAGCGAGAUGGAGACUAAUGACGAUGAUGACGAUAUAGACAUGAUACCCGCGUUAAUGUCCGACAGCAGUGACAGCGAUACUCCGUUUAUCACCAAUACGAUCACUAACACGACCAAUAAUACGACAAGUACUAGUAACGAUAAUACCACCACGGUACAAGAGGCUCUGCGUACAGGCACUCCAGCCCAGCAGCACGCUGCCAUCAUCGCACUACAUGGCCAAACACCCGGACCAACAACAACACAACCAACAACAGCAACAACAACACCACCACCAACAACAACAUCAACACCACCAACAACAACACCACCAACAACAGCAACAACAACACCACCAACAACAACAUCAUCAACAACACAUGAUGUACAGCCUCUCACCACAGCCACAGCCACACACACCCGAGUCCAUGGCAACGCCCCCCCGACACGGGGGCGCGGGUGGGGUGUGCGUGGCCUGAGAGGCGCGGCACGGGGUGGUACGAGAGCCGUGAGAGAAGUGAGGGAUGCGGGUGGUACCAACACCAAUGCAGAUGGGGCUGUCCAUCUGGGGCAGGGGCAGCCCCAUGGGCGCACCCAUGCGGGAGCGAAUGGGACCGGCGGCCCUGUCCCGGCUGUGUUUGGUCCGGGUACACCUGUGGGUGGUAGUGGGUCGUCGAUGCGGAGUAUAGGGAAGGGGAAUGCGAGACGUGCGCGUAUCAAGUGGCGAAAGCAACUGUGCAAGGAGGUGUGUGGGUGGCGCGUGGCGACGGGGACUUUUGGCGGGAAACCCGCUGGGGUGGGUGGAGUAGAUGGAGCAGCGGAGCAACUUACCUACCUGGAUGUACAGAUGAUGAGCAACACGCCGUGCUGGAAAGCGCCGCGGCUGUGUCUGCAGCGGUUGUAUAUUGAGAGUUUGCUGCAGAUCUUGUUCUACAAACAGGCCUUUGCCUUCGCCUACGUGCGCAACUACCGGGUGAUCCACAGCCACUUCUGUCGCAGCGACAUCAUGUCGUCGGACUCCCUCACGAACGUCUCGGUGCAGCUGUUUACCGUGCCCAGCAUAGUGUCCUACCUACACGCACGUACGGAUGUACUGGGGAUCAUGACCGACACACUGGAGUACGUGCUUGAGCCUGUCCUGGGCCAUGAGGAGGAGCGGCGGUGGCAGAAAAAGUCACUCAAGCGCGAAAUCAAGCGCGAAAAAGAAGCGGACGAAAGUCCCCGUCACAGGGCUGAAAGUGGGACUGCUGGUCAGUCCGCAUAUGGGAACACUGCGACGACAACGUCUGCUGAGGAGCGAACCGCCGGAGACUCCAGCACGCACACACACACGCACUCAGCAGCUACAGAUGAGGGUACGUGCGUGGAUACUAGCACACACACCGCCACAGAGAGAGCGACGGGCGAUAGUACGACAAUUACGGAUGAUCUGAAUGUGUGGCAUGUGUGGUGUGGCAAUGGAGAGUUUAGAUAUAUGCGACGGUUUGGGGUGUUGGUGGAUCUGAAGUAUCUGCUCAGGCACGCGUAUAUUUUGGCGGGAAAGGGGCCCGAGGAGGAGAGUGUGGGGGAGAGGCUCGAGCACCACGUGCAUCGCAAAGAGACCGUCAUGAAGCACCUACUGAAGCUCAGCGGCAUAUUCAACGGCAUGGACUGUGUGAGGCGUAAAUUGGGUACCCACGUAGAGUACGAAGAUCGUGCCUGGCUGGAGGCGUUUAAUCUAUACAUCCACUUCGCACCGUGUCUGGAUCAACUGGUGGCCAUCAUCACCUUACUUGACCAGACGCCCAGCAUCGAUAACGGUGCUGCGGUUACGGAUAUCACCGAGAUGGACACAGACGACCGCGCCAACCCAAUAACCACGUGCGAAGGCACUAAAAGUUCAGAGGCUGGUGUCAAAACGGUGUCACGUGUCAACGAGGGUCCGGGCAAUGGUACCGAAUAUUCUGCGUCUGUGCUCAACUGGGCCAUCACCGAAGUCUCGCGCGGUAUCAUCCGCAAGAUGACAGCCCCGACGGUGCAGAGUCCCAAGUUCAAAGACUUGUAUGACAAUGACCAGUACGACCGCACCACACGCCACAUAUCGGUACACCAACCGCUGCACAGGGCCGCUGCCGAGAUGUUCAUGCAGCUGGGCAAGCUGGGGAAGCGAUUGGUCAACCCGCUGCCGCCCUCCGACCCCGUAUGGACACUACACAAAGGCGCCGGCUUCGGGUUCGAGAAGCUGAAAGAAGAUCUUGUACGCAUACAGGCCUUCGUUGCUCAGGUCAAUGCGGGUUUGUGGGCACGCAAUGGCUCGGCUGUGAAGUGUCAGGUGCACAACUACUUCGAGGCGGGGCAGUUUAGAGAUCGGUCAUAUGAUCUGGACAUCGUGUGCCUGCAAGGAUUCGCGGCCCUGUGCCCGCGUGACGAGAUGCUCGAGUCAAUGCUACACACGUACAGGCUGCACGACAUCCUGCGCCACGACGACGAGAAGAAGCGCAAGAAGAACUUUGCGCAGACGGGCAAGAACGCACGAGGGCGCUCAGGGCAUCACACGCGAAGGAGAACAUUACACAUCGACAUAUCCGACUCAUCCGGCGACGACGCAGAUGACGUGGCCAAUAGGAAUCGACGAGGCACGGGUCGUCAUGGCAACGGCGAGAAUGCCAGAGACGAAGAAAGUACCACAGAUGAUGAGGAUGAUGGAGAUUUCCGCACACGAAUCCCUCGGCACACCGAGCACGCAGGUGGCCAUAGACGGGGCUAUACACUCGAACACGCACACGGACAUGCACAUGAACACGCACACAACCACGCUCACAACCACGCUCACAACCACGCUCACAACCACGCUCACAACUAUGGACACACUCAGCCGCAAGCACCCCCACAACCACAGCUGCACGGCCCUGUCCCCGCCAUGCCACAGGGCGCAGCGCACAACUCGGUGGCAGCCCAGAUCAUUGCGGCCAUAACGGCCCCAUUCCUUCCAGGAACAGGAACAGGGCCAAGGGCCCAGACAGAUGCAACUGUGCAAAGGGCAGCACCCCACACCACCACACACACAGACCCACGCAACGGAGCAACGGUACACACAACCACGCACACCGUCAUCACAGGGCCACCCAUGAUGCCACUGAUGCAGGGGAUGGGCCCUCCCGGCCAACGGGGCAAUGGUGGGGGAGCACAACCACAAACUCACAGAGACGCCCUGGGCAACACCCACACUAUACUGCACGGAGAGCUUACCCCCGAGCAAGUACGCAGCAUGUUCACAGGCCUCGCACAGGCGAAUCCGACAGCUAAUCCUACUCCUGCAGGUCCUGUGCUACCUACCUACGGCCCACCCACCGUCGCCCAAGCGGCAGCAGCCGAGGUCAUGGGGGCAGCUACAACCGAGUUUAUGACCGGUUUAAAUGUUCUUCCUGGAACACGCAGAAACACUACCGGGGGGAUGAGUGACCCUGCCCUGGGUGCGGGAGAUGGAGACAGGGGUGCGGAAAGGACUAGAGUCGAGCGUAGGGCUAGUGCCAGUGAGAGUGAAAGCGAGGACGAGAUUUCCGCACAUGGCAACGCAGGGUUCAACAUGCCCCACUUCAACAUUCCGAUGCCUCCGGGGAUGCACCUCGGAGCCGUUCAGAUGGUACCAGUCCAAAUGGAUGCAGGAGGUGUAGGACAUACGAACGUAGAGCUGGCUGCGGGCACAGAAGAUAUCCUACAGCAGUUGUUACAGCGGCUCAACACCAACGCCAAUCUCGGGGUACCCGGUGGAGGUCUGCCCGGCGAUGCCGGAGCGAAUGCGACAGACGCACGCGUCCCUGGGCACCCACCAGCACAAACCAACCCACCCACACACACACACACACGUGCACAUACACAUACCCCACACGCACAUACACAUACGCAGGCACACACGCAUUCUGCGUCUACACACGCACAAUCGCACGGGGCAACCAAUAGUACACACACAUCACGAGCAGCCGGAAGCAGCGCGAGUGAAAGUGCGCCUGAUGGGCCGGAGAAAGGGUAUAUCCAGGGGUUUCAAACACGGGACGAGGCUUGCGCUGGUUCUAGCGACCCCGCGGAUGCGAUGGACGUUGACGAGUGGGAGGAGGACAGAGGCACAGCAGGAAGUACCUCCAGGGCAGCCGAGACACACGCGGCGAGUGACGCCAAUAGUCUUACAGCUAAUGCACGGGGAGUUGAAUCACGGAGACGGGAAGGAGAACGCCACAGCACCCACCCACCCACACACACACAGCCCGCAGCAGCGCAGCAGGCAUCGGACAGUCAGGUACACGGUGAGGGGGUAGCCAGACAGGCACAGGGGUACAGACCACCCACUACACAUGGGCAUGGGGUGAUGCAACGGCUUGCAGUGACACAGAUAGAGGACGAUGACUCGGAUGACGACCAGGACAUGGAUGAGUGGGAAGACCUGCCAGGGACACCCGUGUCAGCCGAGAUGGCAAGUCUCAGGGAACGUAUACGGGCGGUACGCGAGGAGCUGGAAGGAGGGACACAGACACAGCCAUAUACUCAGACUCAGACUCAGACUCAGACUCAGCCUCAGCCACAGACUCAGACUCAGACUCAGAAUGUAUCAGGCGACAGUGGUGCAAGUACAGCUACCAACCCCACACAGGCCACAGCGCAGCACACAAUAGACAGUCAGGUGCCCCGUGAUUCAUUAGCCAGACAGGCGCGUGACCACGAAUCCACCCCACCCCCACCUGCUACACGCGAGACUGAGACGAUCACUGGACUCACAGCCAUGCAACACAGUCAAGUGGCACAGAUAGAGGACGAUGACUCAGACGAUCAGCCCACGCAGGAGGGGGGGCGUCGUAGGCACGCAUACGAUUCGCCUGAGAUGGUAAGUUUCAGGGCACGCAUACAGGCGGCGAGCGAAGAGCUGGACAGACAACACCCACCGACACCGAGACGGCCAGAGACACAGCUACAGGCACGGGCAGAGGCGAUACAGACUAUGACACGAGCACAACGACAGGCACAAGAACGAAGACAAGCACGUGCACAGGCACAGACGCAGGCGCAGGCAGAGGGGUCAGCUGGUGGGAGCAAUGCACGCAGUGCAGAGGACAUGGUGGACGCAGAGAACUGGAUAGUGUUCUGA